AUGAUAUAAAAAUUAAACAAGUGGGAUUGCAUAAUUGACCCUAUAAUCAAGAACAAUUAAUAGAUUGGAGGUUUGUAUCUGGCGGAUAUAGAUUGUGCAUUAAGCCAAGAAUUAUUAUCAUCAUUAUAAGUAGGUGCCUUGCUUAGUGUUAUUGAUGAACCUAAAGUAACUACCUCUCCAAGUAUAAUUCAUCAUGUCAUCAACAUUCCGGAUUGCACUGAACAAAACAUUCAAGAAUUUUUCCCCAAAACUAAUGAAUUCAUUGAAAGGCAUAGAUAACAUACUAAUGUUAUGGUUCAUUGCUUCGCUGGAAUCUCCAGAAGUGCUUCAGUCGUUAUUGCGUAUAUAAUGCAAAAGUUCAAUUGGGGAUUUCAAAGAACUCUGAAUUCAGUUGUUGCAAGGAGACCCUAAGUCAAACCAAACUCAGGUUUCGUCAAACAAUUGAUUUAAUAUGAAACCUAGAAUAGAAAUAGGUCCGCUUCUCAAUAGAACAGAAUUUUAAAUACCAUUAACACUGUGAUUGAUAAAAUGCCUUAUCAAUCAGAUAGUAAAAAUAAUAAAUACUUUUAACCGUCCAAAUUAGAUAUAAAUUAACUGGAAAUGGAAAUUACUAGGAGACAAUAAGAUUUACAAUUAUUAAGGAUGAAAUAUUAACAACUAAACGACAAGAUUGUUAACAGAAACAAUGUCUACGUAUCCGCUUUUGAGUGA